UUUCAAGUGGGCCGGUAAAGGACUAAGUUUAAGGCCGGUAUAGCCCACAGGCCGUAGUUUGGGCAUCACUGGUCUAUGGUUGGGAUUUAUCAAACUAUUUUAAUUGGAUAUCACAAAAUAGGUUACGCACCAUGAGACUCGCCUAAGACGCCCCCGCCCUCUCAAAAUCACCGUUCGGUCCAUAUGUCACAGUUCUCACGCGAAGCCAGGGAAGUCGGUCCAUUAACCCGGACAACACUUAGCACACGUCAGGGACAAUCAGACAAGUGGCCGGGUCGCCCUGUGUUGGGACAAAUGAUCUGCUUCUAACAUUGUGGACCGCUGGACAGAACUAAAUGUUCGUUGGACUAUGUUGUCUAGGGUGAACUGCACACACUGUGGUCGGACCUGAUAUUGUGAUUAUUCUAAUUAUGCGUGUUUACCGUAAUGCUAUUCUGACUUUGGCUUCUAAAAAAUGUAAAGUUACUCUACACAUACAGGAGAAAUCCAGUUUAUGAAAAUUUGAUCUAUUUCACUACCGUAGAAGUCUCUAAAUAAUAAUCUGAGAAUUAUGUAGGAACGUGUUUGGGUCAACUUGGUCACAUGAAGAUGAACAACUCGACAGACCCAACCAACGACCAACCAGGUACUAAUGUCUUUACCUUCUACAACAACCACUCUCACUCCGUCAUCAUCGACCAGGUGGUGACCCCAAUCUUCUACGUCAUCGGCCUCCCAGCCAAUCCACUGAGUGCAUACAUCUGGCUGAACAGAAAGACUAGAGCCAAUAACUCCUCCGCCAUUUACCUCGGCGCCCUGUCCAUAUCCCACGUGAUAUUUCUGCUGUUUCACAUCUUGCAAGAGCUGCGCUACGCCUGGGACAUCAAGACGUACGACGGGCACAUCUCCUGCGAGAUAUUCAACAUGCUGUUCUGCAUACCCCAGUACCUGGCUCCGCUCCUGGUUCUUGGGUUCACCGUAGAGCGCUACAUUGCUGUUUGCCACCCUUUCAAGAAGGCGCGCUACUGCACCGUCAAGCGAGCGGAGAUGGUGGUGGUGUGCCUCUUGGUGACGUGCCUGCUCAUCAGCACGCUGCAGGCCUACUUCUGGACGUAUGACGAGGUCCACCAGAUCUGCAACCACCGGCCAGAGAUACAGAACGGAGAUUUCCUCCUCCUGUGGACGUGGCUUACUGAGCUGCUCUUGUUCGGAGUGGCUCCGCUCGCCGCGCUUAUUUUUAACAUUUUGGUCAUUCGGGAAAUCCAUAUCUUAACAUCCGGCGGCCCUGCCCACACGGGUUCCAGCGGAGGAAGCAGCCAGGCCUCCACGGCAACCCUCCUCUGCGUCUCGUUCUACCUCAUCUGCACGUGGCUUCCAUACACAGUCAUUUACUCCCUCUCCAACGAGUUCCCUAUUGGGGAUUUCAGCCUGACUACACAAGAAGUGCAAAGGGACGCUACCUGGCAGAGACACUUCGUGUACAAUACCAUACGAGUUAUCGUUCAGGAGAUCACACUCUCCAAUUCUGCUUGCUAUUUCUUCAUCUACUAUGCAACGGGGAAACAUUUCAGAGACUCGGUUCACGAGAUCCUGUGUCCGAAAAAGUGUAUAGCCACCACGAACCGCAACCACCUGGCCAAGCAGUACAUAGCAGUGUCCAAGUCUAGCCAUUUAAAUGGAACAGUGGCUACCUGUGUCUGAAAUAAACUAAACAAACUAGAGAUUCACCAUAACAAUAAAGUCAAUCCUAUUUGGUCACACCGAACGCUUCUCAUGGUUCUAAGCAUCAAGACAUAGAAAGUUAUUGGCAAAUAUUCAUGCCGACUAUUGGACACAAGUUUCUAAAAUGUAGCUGAUAAUUAGUCUUGAAAUUGUACACACGUAUAUUCAUGCAAUCCUUAAUGUUUUUGGUGUGCAAGUACUUUAUAGUGGAGACUGUGAGCAGGCUGAUUGAGAAUGUUACAAUACGUCAUCAUGCAGUACUCACCCCCAAGUGGUGACAGUAGUAAUGAGGAUGAGCAGUGUAGGACACUACAAGAAAGGGGGUGGUCGCGUAUUUCAACCGCCAUUAAAGGCUCUGUUUAUAAAAGAUAAAGACUCGAGGCAAUUUUGUAGAGAACUAAACGCUCGGCUAAAGUCAUGUUUCAUCAAAAACAUGAUACAACAGAGCUAAUAGUGAUGAUAUAGUUAACAUGAUACAACAGAGCUAAUAGUGAUGAUUUAGCUAAAUGCUUUUACAAAUCCCAAUCUGUGUCCGCAGAUGAAUAAUUAGGAUUGACCUCUUUGGUCACAUGAGAAGCUGCAAAAGUUUUUACUUUUUUGUAUUAAAGUCACUAGAGAAUGGAUUGGGUUGUCUGAAUCAGCCAGGAAAACCAACGACUUAGCUGAGUUAAACAUUACUAGAUUGACACAUGAAAUGCGUAGGACGCAAUUAUCUUCUUUUUUUGAAGUAACGUCUGUAAUAUAUAAGAUAAGAUAUUGCUUCUUGAGUCGUGAAAUGCCACAGAUUUAGAUGCUUUAAACUGCAAUUUAAAAACAAUUGCGAUAAAUUUUAAGCAGACGAGUCAAAAUGAUGACGAUUAUCGUGGAAAGGAUUUUGAUUCCCAAAAUGUCCUUGAUGGAAAAGACCCACUUGACGUCCGAUAAGCGGUGAACUACUUACAGAGCGCAGUGAUUUAGGCGGAAGCUUUCUCAUUGUUUAAUGUGUGAUGACUAAAUGGUAUCGUUUUUCUAACCGGGCGAACAUCAUUGGUCCGAUAACUGCAAUAUGGGAUUGGAAGUUAAGACUAUCGGGAUUGGAAGUUUAGACUAUCGGGAUUGGAAGUUUAUAGACUAUCGGGAUUGGAAGUUUAGACUAUCGGGAUUGGAAGUUUAGACUAUCUGGAUUUUAAGUUUAGACUAUCGGGAUUGGAAGUUUAGACUAUCGGGAUUGGAAGUUUAGACUAUCUGGAUUGGAAGUUUAGACUAUCGGGAUUGGAAGUUUAGACUAUCUGGAUUUUAAGUUUAGACUAUCGGGAUUGGAAGUUUAGACUAUCGGGAUUGGAAGUUUAGACUAUCUGGAUUGGAAGUUUAGACUAUCGGGAUUGGAAGUUUAGACUAUCUGGAUUGGAAGUUUAGACUAUCGGGAUUGGAAGUUUAGACUAUCUGGAUUGGAAGUUUAGACUAUCGGGAUUGGAAGUUUAGACUAUCGGGAUUGGAAGUUUAGACUAUCGGGAUUGGAAGUUUAGACUAUCGGGAUUGGAAGUUUAGACUAUCGGGAUUGGAAGUUUAGACUAUCUGGAUUGGAAGUUUAGACUAUCUGGAUUGGAAGUUUAGACUAUGUGGAUUGGAAGUUUAGACUAUCGGGAUUGGAAGUUUAGACUAUCUGGAUUGGAAGUUUAGACUAUCGGGAUUGGAAGUUUAGACUAUCGGGAUUGGACUAUCUCAUGAAACAUUGGAACAGUGAGAAAGUGGGGUUACAAUAACUUCACCGUUACUAAUGGUCAUAAUCUAAGAGGUGACUUCUCUUGUGGAGAGGAAGGGGGGGGGGGAGGCUAUCUUGACAAUGGCCUUGUGCAUAUCCCUAGUUUGUCAGGAUGGUUUUAGUGUUUGUGAACGUGUGUGUCCAGUUGGUUCAAUGCUGUGAUUCGGUGUGGCUCCACGUAACAUGACAGUUAGAACUAGUGAACAAAGAGAUGAACACAAGGCAAUAGUUGAAUUUUCUCAAUCUGUUUCAAUCAUCUUGGUAUGCUUGAAUCGUCACAGUGAGGUUGAAGUGUCACAGUGAGGUUGAAGUGUCACAGUGAGGUUGAAGUGUCACAGUGAGGUUGAAGUGUCACAGUGAGGUUGAAGUGUCACAGUGAGGUUGAAGUGUCACAGUGAGGUUGAAGUGUCACAGUGAGGUUGAAGUGUCACAGUGAGGUUGAAGUGUCACAGUGAGGUUGAAGUGUUA